AUGGCCAAGGAUAAUUCUGGUGGGUCAAGCUCCGGAUCCUUGUUGUACCCUAUGAUGCAGUGUUCGCUUGUAUACUACGAGCAUUUGCCUUUCGUAUUCGAAGCAUCUCGCAUCAUCUUGAAGUGGUUACUUUUUGAAACAUUAGGUCGAGCCAAGGACCUGGACACUGCAGCAGUUAUGACUUCACAGACAAGAGACACCAAGAUCACCUACACAAGCAACUACGAGACUACCACCGCUGUGAUCUCGAUACGAAUAGCGACAAACACCAAGUCAAUCAACCCGGACACGUACCAGAACGCAAAGGCUGUGGUGACGAAGACGACACAGGCAGGACACAUUAAGCCCACCGACACGGACCACGAGACGCUGUGA